AUGGCAAACUGGACAACACAAUUACAACUUAAAACCCUCACAGCUACAAUACAAACUAUACCGAUCAAAAUACAACGAGGCAUAUUCCAAGGAGACGCCCUCAGCCCACUCUGGUUCUGUUUGGCUCUAAAUCCUCUCUCAAAUAUGCUUAACUCUUCUUCAGUAGGAUACCCUUUAAACUAUAAAGAAACUGAUGAUCAGUCUUCAAAUAUGAAUAAAAAUGUAUUAAACCAUUUAUUGUAUAUGGAUGAUAUAAAGUUAUAUGCCGAAACCGAAAACCAACUGAACCAAUUAACGAAAAUAGUAGAACAAUUUACAAAUGACAUAAAAAUGGAGUUUGGAUUAGAGAAAUGUAAAAUAAAUUCCAUUAGGGCAGGAAGUCAACACCCAUAUAACUACACAUUAGAAUCAGGAGAACAAAUAACAUCACUUAGCGAACAAGAAGUAUAUAAAUAUUUAGGUUACAACCAAGCACUUUUUAUAAACCAUAAAGAAAUAAAACUAAAACUACAGCAACAAUUCCGACACAGACUGAAUGCGGUAUUAAAAACCCAACUUAAUUCCAGAAAUAUGAUUAAAGCGAUAAACACGUAUGCUAUACCCAUACUGACUUAUUCUUUCGGCAUAAUAAACUGGACCAAAUCAGACCUAAAAUCAUUACAGCGCACAAUCAACAUAAAUAUGACAAAACAUCGUAAACACCACCCUAGAUCUUGCAUACAAAGAUUAACUCUACCUAGAAAAGAAGGAGGCAGGGGUUUGAUUGAUAUCGUAAACUUACACAACACACAAAUUUCAAGUUUAAGACAAUAUUUCUUCAGCAAAAUGGAAUCAUCAGCGCUUCACAAAUCCAUAGUACAAAAUGACAAUAAAUUGACACCUUUAAAUUUAAAAGAUGGAAGUACACAGACAAAUGAGACGCUCGUCAACAAUCAAACUAAACUGACGGCGUGGUCUGAAAAGUCCUUACAUGGGAGACACCGACACGACUUAUGUCAAUCUAAUGUCGAUAAAGAAGCAUCGAACGCAUGGCUAAGUCGAGGAAUUUUAUACCCAGAGACUGAAGGUUUUAUCAUAGCUAUACAGGAUCAAGUCAUUGAGACCAGAAACUAUCAGAAAUAUAUUACAAAAACACUCACCUCUGAUACAUGUAGAAAAUGCAAUAGCUCUCCAGAAACAAUUCAACACAUUACAGGCUCAUGCAAGGCAAUAGUACAGACAGACUACAAGCACAGACACGAUCAAGUAGCUUAUAUUAUUCACCAAAACCUAGCACACAAGUACAAUCUAAUACAAAACACACAUACUCCAUAUUACAAAUACACUCCACAAACUGUGUUAGAAAGCGCGACAUAUAAGCUAUAUUUUGACCGAGCCAUACUCACUGAUAAGACCAUACAUUACAAUAGACCAGACAUAAUCUUACAAAAUAAAACGAAUAAAAUAACUUACCUAAUAGAUAUCGCCGUCCCCAAUACACAUAACAUCCAGAAGACAAUAGCGGAAAAAAUAAGUAAAUACACAGAACUGAAAGACGAAAUAACAAGACUUUGGAAACAAGAAAAAGUUUAUGUGAUACCUAUUGUCCUCUCAACCACAGGAGUUAUACCCAAACAUUUACACCAUAGCCUGAAAGAAAUAGACCUGCGUAAAACACUAUAUACAACACUACAAAAAGCUGUAAUAUUGAAUACAUGCAGAAUUGUUCGAAAAUUCCUGCAAAUAGAAAACGAAACAUUUAAUAAUACCACAGAGACAUAA